AUGUGGGUACUACAGUCCUGUAAAGCCGAUUUUCGGGAUAACCUGAACGAUGCCCCACUGGAAUACCAGAGAUUCGUUCCCCCGAUCACGUUGAUGGAGAUCCCACAAAAUGACUCCCAUCAAUCGGUUUUACUGGGUUUACUCGUCGCAUUAUUUUGGCAACUGGGGUUGCCUAUUGCAAUCAGUGAACAGUCUACGCUCCCAAGAGUCGGUAUCAAUGGAUUCGGUCGUAUUGGUCGAGCACUCUUCCGGCUCCUCCUUGAACGUGAUGAUCUACUGCUCGUCGCCGUCAAUCACACCGCCCACUCAUUGGAGCAUCUCAUGACGGCUAUAAUGCAUGAUUCCACCCAUGGCAAGUUCAAGCUCGGCGCUGAGUUAUCCAUUUGCCCACCCGAUCAUCCCGGCUUGUUGCAGCCUACUCCCAACAAUCCUGAUCCCUCAGCACUAGUCUUCCGAGGAAGGCUCAUCCAUCUUUUCUCGGAGCGAGACACAACGAGACUAAACUGGUCUUUAGCCGAAGCUGAGUAUAUCAUGGAAUCUACCGGUAAAUACACCACCAAAGAGAAAGCGGAGUUGCACAUCAAGUAUGGAAAAGCGAAGAAGGUGUUGAUCUCUGCUCCAAGCAAGGACACGCUCAACUGUGUGUAUGGAGUGAAUCAUCAUGUAUAUGAGGGAGUAGAGGAUGUCUUGAGCAAUGCAUCUUGCACGACCAAUUGCCUGGCACCAGUAGCACUGGUAUUGCAAAGAGCUUUCGGUGUGGAGACAGGAAUGAUGACGACUAUUCAUGCGAGUACAUCCAGUCAGAAGGUUUUAGACGGUUUCAGUACAAAGGAUAUCAGGCAAGGACGUUCGGCGAUGGGUAAUAUCAUACCCGCUACUACAGGUGCUGCUCAAGCGGUAGUCAAGGUGUUACCGGAACUAGCAGGGAAAUUCCAUGGUAUCUCCGUCAGAGUACCCGUUACCAACGUAUCUCUCGUCGACCUCACCGUCACCUUGUCCACACCCGUCUCAUCGAAAGAGGAACUCAUCAGACCAUUCAGAGAAGCGGCAGCUAGAAGACCAAUACAGUCGAGUACACCCCAUCCGGACGGUCCAGCUUUAGCAGGUGUGCUUAGCGUAUCAGACGAAAAGCUGGUCUCGUCAGAUUACCUCUCCUCGAUUCAAAGUAGCAUAUUAGACGUGGACGCGACGGUGAUGCUCAAUGAGAGGACCGCGAAGAUCGUUGCAUGGUAUGAUAACGAAUGGGGCUUUUCCUCCAGAAUGUGCGAUCUCGUGGCUUAUAUGUCUAAUCGGACCGUAUAG